AUGGCCGCCAAUGCAUCCCGGACCUCUACAGAUGGCAAACACUUCCGACCGCCCCGUCUUCAAACCUCCUUCCAUCGGCAGCCUACCCUCGAGCGACCAGGAACUUCCGCCACUUCAUCCAACAACACGGCAAACACCUCCGCUCAACAUGGCACGCCAGAGAGUGUCGCAGCGGGGACUCCUGCCGGACACCAGCGGUUCGUUCUCACCGACCCUUUAGCCUUCUUGUACCUGGAAGGCGACCCAUCCACGAAAGUGCUUGAACGCGACCGGGAACUAGAGGGCUACGAAUGCUAUCUUGUCGAGCAGUGGGCUACGUCGCGCUCACAUCCUACCUUCACUAUCACGACGUAUACUGGAGAUCCGAGCCACCAUGUUGUCGUGGGCGUUCUCAGCGUACCAAUCGAUGAGAGCACGUGGUCCGCCAGGCUGCGGGUGUACUUCAAAGCUCUGAAUCAAUACCAUGCUCGAAGAAGGGAGACGCCUCUUGGUAUACUUAUGGUCACGAGCUUGUCCGGUUUCCCAAGCUCCCUCACGGUCAUUGCGGUGCCGGACGGCGACUUGAAGAAACACCGCGCGGACUUCUUUGUCAAUGAGGAUCUCAAACGGCUGAAUUGCGCUGGUCGUGUUGGCUUGACGCUAUCGCCUCCAACAGCGGCAACGAUAGCAAAGUUUCACCAACUCUACCGCACAAGUGACAAGAACGAGGUCUACGACUCGGUCAUUGAGCUGGUGAGGCUCUGCCAGAGUGCUCUCAUGCUGUUUGAUAAGCUUGAGAUUGAUUAUGCCGAUGGCCUCUUAUGCGAUGUCACCGAGCGCGCAAUUAAUGAUUGGUGGCUUGAGAUUGGCAGUUCGUACUACAACAUCGAGCCUCAUGACGGCAUACUUGGGCCGACGACAGUAGCUGGUCUGCUUGGCCUGUUGAUGGGCGCUCGGAACCGACUGCACUCGCUUGGCGCACCUGUUGGGAAAGAUGCUUUCGAUGUGGAUGCAAUGAAGAAGGGUAUAUCUUCGUUUCAGAAGCAGCAGCGUGUUCAAAGGACACGGCGGAUUGACCGAAGGACACUGGACAAACUACAUCGUGCGACGGCCAAAGCUGCGAAUAGUGAAGGACAUUGGGCUGUGCCAAAGGCUGUGAAGUCCACUGUCGCCGAGCUGAGCGGCAAAGGUGGCGAGAUGGUGAUGGAUGUCGUCGGUCGCAGAGACCGUGCUGGUAUUGCUGAGAUCGAGACGUGCGAUAUGGAGCGCUUCGUACAGCUGGUACAAGGCGAGAGGGCCAAGUGGCUCUGGUACGGCAAAGCAGUGAAGAAAGCGGCCAAUCGCGACACGAUGGGUGUGCAAGGCAAGCCAGGUCAGGAGUGGAAGCAGAUUGACGCUGGUCAGCUGAACUUCAAAGAAAGCGAGCACGGCGGUUUUACCUGGACUGCUCGGAAGAGCGUAGCCGAUGGUCUGGUCGGGAAGCGAGAGCAGUAUGAAGAUACUGGAACUCCUGACGAACAGGAUACUGAUGAUGAAGACAAGAGCAAAGGCAUCCUCAAGCGUACUUCUGGCUUCAAAGAGGCGAGGAGUGGUAUCGGAAAGUUCAAGGGAGCUGUUGGCUUGGGGCACCACCAUAGGCAUACGAGCUCCAAGGACGACUCGCCACAAACGCCUAGAUCACCACAGUCGCCCUACAUGACCCAGUCUCCGGUCGAUGACACUUCUGCUAGGACCAGCAAGGAGCAUCGUCGGAGACCUCUGCUUCCACGGACACGCAGCUCGCCUGCUAGUAGCAUAAGCAGUCCGCAGUCACCCGUGCAGGAGCAAAGAUCAAGGAACACCACCGAUUCUAUUCCCGAGCACGUUGGUGCUGCAGCUACUUCCGUUUACGCAGCUUCGCACAGGGAGGUGCAACCAAAGCGCUCCAGUGAAAGCGUGAGAGCAUCAUCCCAUCGCAGUAAAGAAGGGCAGAAUGGGGACAUCGAUCCGGCAGAUGAGGAGGGCUCCGAGAGCGCGACCCUCGGUGCUCGAUCGGCGGCAGGAUCAGUUUACAACGAAGAGCAGUCGACUGAAACAUUGCCUAAUGAGGCCAAACCAGAGGAAGAUGUCGGUCGGCUAAUGAAGCGUACAGUCUCGUACAGUCGCGUGGUAGAAGUCAGUCUGCAAUCGCGAAGUGAAGACGCAUACCCACGACAUCUGAGCUUCUCCCUAGCCGAGGAGAGCGUGCUGUCUUGGGAAUCAAUAGCGCCUGAAGACCCGGAUGCUACUUUCGACAACCCAAAGGCUGAACUGCUCCAACAGGAAUUCAAUGCCUCAGAGCUCAAGCACCUCCAUCACCUGAUCAGCGAGCUUAGAACCGACACCGCCAGCUUCACGCAAGCUCAGCUCUACACCCUCAUGUCGUCGCUCAACAAGUUCGACGAGGACCAGCAAACUCUGGAGAGCAUGUACCGCCCGCACAUCGAUCACAUGCACGCGCUUCAGACGGACGCUGAGGGGAUGUUGAGAGAGGAGCGCGAACGACUGGAAGAGUCGGGUAAGGAGAUUGAGACGUUGGCAGCGAAGUUGGACUACGAGAUUGCCGGGCUCAAGAGUAAGGUGGAGGAGGUGGAGGCUGGAGUGGGAGACUUUGCGAAGGGGGUGAGGAGGGUGGAGGAUAGGGUUAGGGAGUUGGAGAAGGAUGCUGAGAGGGAUGAGCAAAGAGGCUGGAGAUGUAAUGUUAUGUGA